UCUUUAAUUUUUUAUUUGUCUUGUUCUCUCUGCUGGAUAUGUCGUUGCCUUUCUUGUUUGCCCCACUACCAAAUAUUAUUAAAUGUGGGAUUGCAUCGUCAUGAGAUUGUCAGUGUUAUGCUGUUUCAACCGCCAAAGAUUUUGAUAAGACUUUACUUAAUUAUACCUACAAUUAUGAACAUGUUUUACAUGAAUACGUUGCGUUAAGAAGAACAAAUCAGGUGAAUAUUGUUUACUUCAAGAAUUGUAGGUCUGGAGUCGUAAGUAAGGGUAUGUCAACUUUGAAAAUAUACCUUUGCUUAUCGCUCUCCUACGUUCGGAAGUUCGGAAUGUCGUAGGCAUUUAGCGGGCCGAAGGGGUGUCAGGAUGCCUCGUUUCGUGGCUAGGUUGGACUUGGAUAUAUUUUUAUACCUGUUUUGAAAACAAAUACUUCGUCCGCGUGGUUUCCCGUGAUCCCGAUGAACUUUAUAAUUUAAAUAUAUGGUUAAAAUAUUGGUGUGAUUAGCAAAAUGACUAUAAUAGUUUUCCUCAUAGAUACAUCAGCAUCUAUGAAUCAGAGGGCGUACCUCGGCGGGCGACCUACGUUACUCGAUGUUGCGAAAGGAGCAGUUGAAUCAUUUGUCAAAGUUCGCCAGAAGUCUCCUGAAAGUCGGGGUGACAGAUACAUGUUGAUUACAUUCGAAGACCCACCCUCCAAUAUAAAGGCAGGUUGGAAAGAGAAUCUUUCCACGUUUAUGAAUGAAUUGAAGAACUUGCAAUGCACAGGUAUGACGACAAUGGGUGCCGCAUUAAAAAAUGCCUUUGAUGUGCUCAACAUCAAUCGCAUGCAAACUGGCAUCGAUACAUAUGGCCAAGGCCGUAGACCAUUUUUUCUCGAGCCUUCUGUUAUUGUUGUGAUAACUGAUGGUGGUAAGUUGUCAAAUAGUAGUGGGGUUCAAGAGGAACUUAAUUUGCCAAUGCACUCUCCGAUCCCUGGAUCUGAACUGACACGUGAACCAUUUCGUUGGGACCAGCGCUUGUUUUCGCUAGUGCUGAGGUUGGCAGGGACACCCAUCAUGGAUCGUGACAUUGGCUUGGUGCCUUGCGAUAGCUCUCCGAUCGAUGCCAUGUGCGACGUGACCGGUGGGAGGUCGUAUUGCAUCACUUCGCACAGAAUGCUAAUGCAAUGCAUUGACAGUUUGGUGCAGAAAGUUCAGAGCGGUGUAGUGAUAAACUUUGAAAAGAUUGGGCCGGAUCCCACUCCCGUUAUUCCCGAUGGUGUAAAAAGUGACUGUGAUACUUUAUCCAAGGAGGAAGAGGCUUGUAUUAAAGGAGUGAAUGCAGAUUGGAUGAAGGAUUCUAAUGUGGAAGAUGAAGAGACAAAAUCCAUAAUCAGGAAUAACUUGAGCGAUCUCAUACCCAGCGCAGUUCCUGGCAGUACUGCAUGGCAGACCUGUCGACGGUUAAUUUACGUCCAGCGGUCGGCCCAGAAAGGUUUCGCAGUUGGGUUUUGGCCUAUCCCAGAAUCAUUUUGGCCAGACCAAAGUUUGUCUUCGUUACCUCCCCGCUCUUCUCACCCGAACGUCAAGUUUACCUGCACUAGCCACGAACCGAUGGUUAUAGAAAACCUGCCUUUUGAUAAAUACGAGCUUGAGCCAAGUCCUUUGACUCAGUACAUAUUGGCCAGGAAACAACCGACCGUAUGUUGGCAGGUGUUUGUCGCCAACAGUUACAAGAGUUCCGAAGUAGGGCACCCAUUCGGUUAUUUGAAAGCCAGUACAAAUUUGACUUGCGUGAAUUUGUUCGUGAUGCCUUACAACUAUCCAGUGUUGCUGCCGCUGCUCGAAGAGUUGUUCAAAGUUCACAGGCAGAAGCCGACGAACGAGUGGAGGACUCAGUUCAUGAACUAUCUGCGCACGAUGCCAGCGUAUUACGCCGGUCCGUUAAGAAGUGCUUUAACCAGGAUGGGUGCUCCGAGCAACUUGGCGCAAGCGUUGGUCACGGACACUUACGACAACUACUUGAACUACUCCAUUCUCACUUACUUGAAGAGGUUGAAAAACCAAGCGAAGGUGGAGUUUGAUCGCUUGUGCAACGAGGUCGGCAACAAGACCAGCAGCACCGCCAAGGGGCCCCCGGAAGGCAUCAGAGUCAUACCGAAAUCGCCUCUCAAAAAAGAUUUGGUUUCUCAUCCCCUCUUGCAGGAUAAGUUCUCCCUGCUGCGGGAACAGCUGACCGAGUUCGGGGGCUUCGUGGUGGGUCUGCCGCGGAGGGGGGCCCAGCCCAGCAGGCAGUGCCACAGGAACCCGUUCGACGUGCCUCGCCGGAACCUCGUGGACCAAGUGCUUCGCAUGAGGGCCAACUUCCUGCAGCCGUCCACGGCGCACACCAAGCUGCUCGGGGACGACUUUGCGCACUGCAUGCCCGUCGGCCAGAUGGGGAACUACCAGGAGUACGUGAAGAGACUGCCGUCGCCGCUGCGCGAGAUCGAGUCUGCGCCGGUGCGGCAGCACAUGUUCGGGAACCCCUUCAAAAUAGACAAGAGGAUGAUGGUGGACGAGGCGGACAUAGACCUGGUGGCGAGCACCAGUUCGACCCCCGGGAGCAGUCACCGCGCCGGGGGCAAGCGCUCGGCGCAGCAGGGGAGCGACCCGGCCCUGCGCAUGCCCAACAAGAGGAAGCCGGGGCCGAUACCCAGGGACUUUGUCGUGCGGCGGCCUUCGACCCCCUCCCCCUCCCACUCCCCCUCGCCGGAGCCGCCCGUGCUGGAGCCCGAGCUGCCGCCCCCCGUGCUGGAGCCCAUGUGCGUGGACGGCGCGCUCGACGUUCUCGACAACGGCCCGUCGGAGCCCCCCAAGCUCACCAUGGUGAACGGCAUCUUGGAUUCGGAGGACGACAACGAAGACGACGCGGACGGCAGAAGGUUCUCCCCCCCGGCGGGCGAAUCCGUGGGCGUCCGUUACGGCGCAGAAUCUAAUUUUACGAAUUCCAGUCCCCCGCCGGUACGCAGACUGUCGAACCACUCGGAAGACUCCGACAAGUCGGUGCUGAACGAAAUAGUGGCGAAUCACGUGAACCACGUGGAGUUGGGCAGAAAGGAGCUGGCGAAGAUCAAAAGGCACAACCUGGACAUUCGUGCGAUGUUGUACAGGGAGGUUCGGAGGCCGGGCAAGGACCACACUCAGUUGUUCGAUCUCCUCAGGACAUUGAAGGGCCCCGUGGAACUCCAGGUUGCCCUGGUGCAACAAGUGAUCGAGGAGUCUCUUCGCUUCAAGCGGAGAAUCCUUGCGGAUCGUUUGGUCAAAUUCAUUGAAACGUUGAACGUUCGGUAACUAGCAUUCAAUGUGCACCAAAGUACAAUUGGUAUAUAUUUAUGAAGGACAAUUAUUUCAUAUUACUGUUAGUUUUUUUUUUAUAUAUAAUUCUGCUGCAAUUUGAAAUCUUAUUCAGUCAGAACUCUAAUGAUGUUUUAUAAAUUGUCAAUAUUAGCCUAUGUUCUCUCUAUUUUAUUUUGGAGAUGUGUGAAACUUAUCCUAGCCCUAGAACUUUUAUUCUGUCUGUUUUUCUUACGUUGGUACCAAAGCUGAAACGCCUACUGUAUUUAUAAUACUUUAGUUGAUAUUUUAAGCUACCUGGCGGGUACACACACAAGACUAAACAUGUGCAGAUUACUUUUAAAUGUUAAUAAAUUAUGCAACCUUUAGCAGAA